AUGGAUAAAGAAAAGGAUACAGACAAGAAACACAGCCGUCCAAGCACUUCCACACAUAAUCCAAAUGAAAAUAUUGAAAAUAUAAAUAGAUAUGAUAGAUUAUUCAAUAUUUUUCGAGAGAGCGACCAACUGGUAGCGAGUCAAAAUGUUAUAGAUGAAACAAACCGAUUAUAUUUAUAUCACUUAACAGACCAAAUGGCUGGUGCAGGAUUAAGAUUUCCCUUUGAAGAUAGACAGUACUUAGUGAUACCCCACAAUGCUAGUUCGUUACAAAUAUUGGUUAAUCGAUUUGCUCUCUCCCCACAGCGGCGAUGGGUGCACGAACAAGCUCAGAAUGUUGACUUGGACAGUUUAAAUUUCAUCACGUUUCAGCAGUUAAUGUAUGGUUUAUUCCAGGAGGGUGGAGUAACAUGGGAAAGAGUACUGGUACUGUUUUAUUUCUGUACAGAUUUGUCUAUAAGGGCGUUGCAGGAAAAAUUUGUCGAUUACUUCAUCAGAAUCUACAACUGGACGACAAGUUACAUUACCAGGCGAUUAUCCGUAUGGGUGGAACAAGAAGGUGGUUGGGGUGUCGUUUUACAAACGUCCGUCGACUACGCACGAAAUUUUUCGAUUUUAGGCGUUUGUGCCAUUGGUGUGUUGCUCAUGUGCCUGUAUAUAAGAAGUAGGUCGUAG